AUGGCGGAAAAAAUCACCGAGGAACAGGUUGACGACCUGCUAAAGAUCCUCCGCAGCGAGGCCAGCGUUGAUCACAAGGUUCAGCACGUUACCGGCAUCAAGUCCGGCAUCAAGCAACACAAUGUUCCCGAUGCCCUCGUACCACAAAUCUUCGAUGGUCUUCGAACCGCCUCCACCUCGCCGCACGCCGUUCUCGUCAACGCCGGCUUCACGGCCCUCAACCAUCUCCUGACAAGACUUUCAAGACAGGAGCCAAAGUAUAUCGCCAAGGAUGCGAAACACACACUCCCGCUGGUCAUUGACAAGCUCGGCGAUCCCAAGGAUAAGUUCAGGAGCCUCGCAUCGCAGGCACUGACCACCAUCUACACAGCCGCGCCCAUGGACGUUGAGCGCUCGGUGAAGAAUGUUGCCAUGGUUGGUAAGAACCCGAGGGCAAAGGAGGCCGGCAUGCACUGGCUGUUGUACAUGCACCAGGAACACGGCGUACAGUUUCGCGCAUAUGUCCCAACUCUCAUGGAGUUGCUCGAGGAUGCCGAUGGCAUGGUGCGCGACGUCGCUAAGAGCACCGUCAUUGAGUUGUUCCGAAAUGCCCCCAACGCGGCUAAAUCCGACCUCAAGAGACAGCUAAAGAACUUCAAUGUUCGCCCCGCCAUUGAACAAGCCAUCGUCAAAGAGCUUGCACCCACCGCGGCCGAUCGACCAAAGACUCCAGGCCUGGAUGCCCCCGCACCCGCUCCCCGACCGAAGCUGGCUGCGAGUGUAUCAUCCGUUGCGAGCGAACGCCCCGUCACUCCGGCCCCCGAAGCGCGAAGCGAGGUCGAGCCGUCAUACGCCAACACCCAGCGCGAAUUAGACGACAUCUUCAGGGAAAUGAUGACGUAUUUUGAGGGCAGGGAGUCGGAGCAAAACUGGCUGAAGCGCGAAGAGAGCAUGACAAAAUUGCGAAGGCUGAUUGCCGGCAAUGUUCCCCAAGACUUCCCCGACGCCUUCUUACUGGGUCUGAAGGGACUUCUCGAUGGAAUGAUAAAGGCCAUCACUUCCCUGCGGACCAGUCUUUCAAAGGAGGGCUGUAACCUGGUACAGGAUAUUGCCAUAACCUUUGGCCCCGGCAUGGAUCCUUUGGUGGAGCUUCUUAUGCAGACCUUCAUCAAACUCGCCGCGGCAACGAAGAAGAUUGCUUCCCAGCAGGCAAACACUACAGUAGACAUCAUCAUUGGCAAAGUCACCUACAGUUCGCGGAUCAUGCAGCACAUCUGGGGUGCAUGCCAGGACAAGAACGUCCAACCCAGGACCUACGCAACUGGUUGGCUGAAGACGAUACUGACCAAGGAGGCCCAUCACAAGAGUCACAUCGAGCACGGCGGCGGACUGGAGCUCGUCGAGAAAUGCAUCAAGAAGGGCCUCAACGACCCGAACCCUGGCGUCAGAGAGCGCAUGCGUGCCACCUUUUGGGUAUUCGCCAAUAUCUGGCCACCUAGGGCAGAUAUGCUCAAGGACACACUAGAACCGACUGCGCAAAAGCUCCUGGACAAGGACCCUAACAACCCCAACGCCCCUAAGAGGGAGACUGAGACUACGCGCGCCAGACCAGGCCUGGGCUUGUCCAAAAGCACGAUGAGCACUGGAAAGCCGACCCUGCGUGAAACCAUGAUGGCACAGAAGAAGGCGACAAUGGCAGCAUCACAAAAGCUGCCACCCCGCCCGGGCUCUGCAAUGGCUACUUUGUCUCCCGCUCGGCCACAACAACCGGCCUCGAGCUCGUCGACCGGCACGGGGCCAUCGGUUAAACCGACAGCCUCAGGAGGCAUGUCUGUUCGGCCCAUGAGACCAACCAAGAGGAGGCCGGAAAUGGCUGCACGCCCCGCGACCGCUGGACCCUACUCAAUACGCACCCAUGAUGGACCUUCCGCCGAGGCAUCCAGUCCCGAAAGUCUGAAGUCCAAGAGUGCCACAGCCAAGCCGAAAACCGAGGCCUCCCCGCGGAGAGCCCAAAGUAGGCCUCGUGCUGCAACGUCUCAUGCGUCCCCCGGCGCCAAGUCCACCCUUGCGAAAUCCGUUUCUUCCCCUCGCGAGUCGCCGCGAACAAGUCCUGCGAAGCCCAAGAGGACGCAGACUACAAUCCCGACGAGUAGUCCAUCUAGGGACCACGAAGAUCUUACGUUAGUGGUGCCAAGCCUCGGGAGCUUGAAAUCGCCUCCAACUUUGGAUCGACGGCAAAGAGCCGCGACAGAAGAACCGACAGUACCAGCCUUUGAGGAAGACGCUCCCGCGGACGGACCGGCGGAGAUUGCUUCGCCCAAGGACGAAAUGACACAAGCUGCUUCAGAGCCAGUUCCUAAGCCCACUCCAGAGCCUGCCGAGCUACCUACGGCAGAACUUGAAGAUGAGGCUCCUGUUGAGGUCCCAGCUGAGGCAUCACCCGAAGCCUCUGCGGCUGCGGCUGAGACUGACGAGGCACCGGCCGAGGAGAUCGUGGAAGCUCCUGCUGAUACUCCGGCGGGAGGACUAGCUCCUGCUCCAAUUCUAGAAGAGAUGCCCCAGGCAGAACGGGAGCCCGCGCCCACCAAUGGCCUCAAGGUGUUCGAGGACCCCUUUGUCGACGACGGUACGACUGCCAACCCGGGCAUCACUACUCCCGUGCUGGAGGACAAGCCUGUGAACGAGGUUGCUGCACCAGCGCCCAAUAACGGCCAUUUUGUGGUCAACGGCACACCCGAGACUCCCGAGAAAGCCCGUCAGACGUCGAGACUGCUCGAUAGUGGUGUCACAAGGGUAAAGGCAAAGUCUUUGGACGUCCACGGCUUUAGGAAGCUACAGUCAAUCAUCAGAGACAAUAAGGCUGUGUUCACAGAUGAAAAGUUUGAAGCUCUGCUCCGGGGACUCUUCGAAUACCUGGAGUCACCUCUGGAGACCCUUGCACCGGAGAGGGUCCAGGACGUCAAGGCACAGAUCCUCGCGACAAUCAAGCUUUUACUCAAGAAGGAACGGGAGAACUUCCAGCCACAUGUCUCACGAGGUCUCGAGUCUCUCGUAGCAACGCGCAGCGCCUAUGACUCACGCACCCGUAUCGUCAGUGGUCUCGAGCUCCUUGCCGAAGAGCUUGUAGCCCUCGGAGACCCACCCGAGAUCGUUGUAGUGAUGACCAAGCUUCUGCAAAGCAAACAGGACACGACGAUCGAGGGCAGCCGCUGUCUCGCCACAGGUCUUCACGUACUCAAGGAGCUUCUCGAUAAGCGCACUGGCUUCACGCCCUCGGACAACGAGCUCGCACAGCUUGCAGGUCUCGCAGGCCGCUGUCUCGAGUCAACGGACUCUGGUGUUCGCAUGGGCGCUGUGCAACUCUGCGUCGCUCUGCACUCGCGGAUUGGGGAUGUGCCAUUCUGGGAGCUCAUCAAGGGCGCCAAGGACGAUCCGAAGAACCUCAUCACGUACUAUAUCACGAAGCACCAACGAGAGAGUAGCGUUGGGGCCUAA